AUGGCCCUUCUCAAAUUGCUCGCUACCGCGAGUCUUCUCCUCGGCAGUGUACACUCGCACAUGUUCAUCUCUUCGCCCUCGCCCAUCGCCGGCACAUUUCCAAAAGACCCCCUUGAUCCAUCCGGCAGCAACUUUCCGUGCCACGGAGUUUCCCUUCCCACGACUGGCGGCCAGUCGAUGGCAGCUGGCUCUUCACAGCUGCUCGCUUUCGAGUUGGAUGGCGGAGCCAACACCGCUGUACACGGUGGAGGCUCGUGCCAGAUUAGUAUCACCUACGAGACCGAACCCGCGAAGCAGAAGGAUCCCAGUAACUGGAAAGUCAUCUACUCCAUCUUGGGAGGUUGCCCUAGCGAUACCGUGGGGAAUCUCAUCUCCGCCAACGCAUGUACGUCCGAAAACGAAGCCGAUUGUGUCAACAAGUUCCCGUUUAAGAUCCCAAAGGGCGUCAAGAGCGGCCAUGCCAUCUUGGCCUGGACUUGGUUCAACAAUGUCGGCAAUAGAGAGAUGUACAUGAACUGUGUCAACACCCAGAUCACGGGCGGCGACGGCUCAGAAAUGAAGAACUUUCCUGCCAUGUUCGUCGCGAACCUCGAGUCUGUCGGCAAAUGCCCAACGACGGAGAGCAUGAAUGUCGCCUUCCCACACCCCGGAGAAUACGUCACGACCAAGACCGAGCACGAUCCCUACCCGCUUGCGACGCCGACUGGCGAGGGAUGCUCAGGCGGCGCUGCUGCACCACCACCCUAUGCCCCUGCCCCAACCUCCGUAUCUCCCUCGCAGACCACAGCCGCCAUCCCAACAACGCCUGUCCCUAUUCCGACUCCCGUUGCCUCUUCCACACCCACCAAGACCCCAAUCGCGACGGCCCAGCCAUCGUUUGUGCCUUCUGGGACAUGCGCCGGAAAGACUGUGCCGUGCCCCAUACCAGGACAGGUCAUGUGCAUCGACUCAGCACAUUUCGGCAUCUGCGACAUCGACUUUUGCGCCCUGCCAGAAGAUGUCGCGCCGGGAWCAAUUUGCUCRAACGGAAUGAUUGCUAGGAAAGUGAAGCGUAAUCUGAGCGAUCACAAUCACUUCCAUCUGCACCAUUAG